GUAUGAUCCGACGACACGAACUCUCACAGUCCUGAAGCGAAGUAAAGGAUCGGAAUCGACAAGGGAUUAUGGCUUUGUCUUUGGUCUGCUCUGUUUCUUACAUCAAAUCCUCAAACCAAAUCCAUUGUUUUUCUCUCAGAAAAGAAAAAUCGGGACUUUAUAGAUUACUAUCGUGGAGCUCUCAUCAGGAGAAUCAUAGAUCGAUUAGAGUUAGCAAAAGAACGUUUCCUAAGAGAUUUACUUCGAAAAUGUUAGAUAACUCUGCACUGAAUCUCAACCGAUCAAAGAAGGUUUGGAUAUGGACAGAGCGCAAAGAGGUCAUGACGGCUUCAGUGGAACGCGGGUGGAACACUUUUAUCUUCUCAUCAGACAAUCGACAACUUUCGAAUGAGUGGUCAUCGAUUGCCUUGAUGGAUACAUUGUUUAUCAAUGAGAGGCGAGUUACUGAUGGUGCCGGUAAAGUUGUGGCUGCGGUCUUUGAGGUUUCAACACCGGAGGAGCUACAGAAGCUUAAGAUCGAAAAUGAGCAGAGUGAUAUUAUUGUUCUUGAUUUCUUAGACUGGAAGUCAAUCCCGGCGGAAAAUCUAGUGGCGGCUCUCCAAGGAAGCGAGAAGACGGUGUUUGCUGUUUCAAAUACACCAUCGGAGGCAAAACUGUACCUUGAGGCUUUAGAGCAUGGCCUCGGUGGAAUCAUUCUUAAAACCGGAGAUGUUAAAGCUGUUCUUGAGUUAAAGGAAUAUUUUGACAAAAGGAGCGAAGAAAGUGAUACAUUAAGCUUGACGGAAGCUACUAUAACUCGAGUUCAAAUGGUCGGUAUGGGAGACCGAGUCUGUGUUGAUCUUUGCAGCCUCAUGAGACUCGGUGAAGGUCUACUUGUUGGAUCUUUUGCAAGAGGACUCUUCUUGGUUCACUCGGAAUGCAUGGAGUCUAAUUACAUCGCAAGCAGACCAUUUAGAGUUAACGCCGGACCAGUUCAUGCUUAUGUCGCGGUUCCAGGCGGAAAGACUUGUUACCUCUCGGAGUUAAGGACGGGAAGAGAGGUGAUCGUUGUUGAUCAGAAAGGAAAACAGCGUACAGCUGUUGUUGGGCGUGUGAAAAUCGAGAAGCGGCCUCUUAUCCUCGUGGAGGCUAAGCUUAGUGCAGAGGAGGAAGAAACGAGAUUUAGCAUUAUCCUACAGAACGCGGAAACAGUUGCAUUAGUCACUCCUCAUCAAGUAAACUCAUCUCGGGAAACCGCUGUUCCCGUGACCUCGCUGAAACCAGGGGAUCGAGUUUUGAUCAGGUUACAGGGCGGCGCACGCCAUACCGGUAUAGAGAUUCAGGAGUUCAUUGUCGAGAAUUGAUCAGACUUUCGGAUUACGUUGAGACAUAUCAAAUAAAAUGUUUCUGUCUAUUCGUAUCUAGUUGUUUUCCAUAGGUCUCGGUUGCUUCAGGCUUAGCUUUGGCAUUUGCGUUUAUAGAAAAGAAAGAUUAAACGUUUUUUUUUUUGCUGAAUGCAAACGCAAACAGAAGGUUGAAGUUUAAAGACAUACAUUGUCUUCAUGUUUGCGUUUGGGGUUUAGGCUUGUAAUGAAGAGUUAACAUUUGCAUUUUGCAAAGUUGUAAAUUCGUUUGCCAACAAAUCAACACAACAAUAACACUAAAGUCUCUCAAUGACUUGAC